AAGACAGUUCUUAACAAGCCCGGGUCAGGGAGGCAAUCAGUCACAGCAUCGCAUCUGUACAGCCGGAGCUUUUAGAUUCAGUGUCAGGAUCCUGACCUCUCAGAGACCACACCGACACGGACCAGCAGACGCAUCUGGAGUUCACUUUACCUUCUUCUUACCACAGUGACUUUUUUCUUUUUGAGUUUUUAAAACUUUUGUGGUUUUGAAACUUAUUUUUUCUUUCAUUUGAUUUUAAUUUCUAACGAUUCUUGACUGAUGGCGAACAUGUCAUCGGCUGAUAUUGGAGUCCUGUUUCUGGUCGUGGUGGCUGCAUCUUUGUUGAACGGUUCCUCGUCCAGUAAAGAUGUGAACCAGAGGAGGGAGUUGGAGGCCAUUAAGCUGAGCACGCUCCUUCCCAGCGAGGUGGAUGACCCCUCUGCUGCAUCUUCAGCCACUGAAGCUCUUCUCUGCUCCUCCUGUGAGCUGCCAAGAGCCAGGAGGCGUGCGAAGAGAUGCACAUGUUACAGUUAUAAAGACAAGGAAUGUGUGUAUUACUGCCACCUGGACAUCAUCUGGAUCAACACACCAGAGCACACUGUACCGUAUGGUAUGUCCAGUUACCAGGGCUCCCUGCGGAAAAGGCGCUCUGCCGGGACUCGGCAGGUGAAGAAGGGAACGGCGGCCCAGCGCUGUGCGUGUACGCUGCAGAGCGACUCCAGCUGCAGCAACUUCUGCAUACACAGCAGAAAGAGGAGGCCGCCCUCGGGAGCAGCAGAAGAGGACAAGAAGAUAGCAACUUAGCACGGUGUCAUUGCCAUCAAAUGAACUCACAAGUGACGUGCUGAGUAUCUGGAAGUUGGACAUGUAGUGUCUUUACAUAAAAGGCAUCCUUUUAUUAUAAAAGCCAGCAAGUACAUCUGCAUUUAUGUGGAAGGAUGUGUGUGUCAUCAGACUGAUGAAUAAUCACAAAGCUGCUUGCACAAAUGCUAAAACAGCAGGGAUGCUAAUGGGGUGCAUGCCGUUAAGCCCUCUUAGUCUGUGUCUGUGCAGCAGGUGUGGACAAUGGUUUGUAUUACGCUGUCACAAAUAAGAAUGCCUCACAUGGAUUGUUUGUUUCGACCAUAAAAGACUUCGGUGGAGCACGUUGCUCACACAUGACUGCCUGUCGGUGAAGCGGCUGCCAUCGGACUCCAACAACUUAACACUAACAGAUGAAUUAUCACGAGGAGGACCGUAAUCUUGUUUUCUCCACGGGAUCAAUCAUCAAUCAAACAUUCAGCCUGUGGACAUAUGCUCGAAGCCCGCUGAUACGCCAGCAGGCUUUAUUCUAUUGACUAACAACGAGUCACAGAAACAUGAGCAUGUUUGUUUGGUUAUCAGGAGUUUGACUUAUUAACGUAGAAUUUGAUGGUUUUGGUUACAAAAUGCACAUUUUCCUUAUAUACGGUUUUCUCUGAUAUCGGAACUAAGAGCUCCUCCUGAAGUAUUCCAUCUGUUAAACCGAUUCAUGCCAAAGCCAAGUAGACAUAUAACAUGUUUCAUAUACAUUUUAUUUUUGUACAAACUCCUUUAUAAACAAUAAAGGUGUAUAACAAGCCAUUCAUUGUAAAAACAAACAUAGCUACAGAGUUAAUUUCUGGUUUGCUUUAUUUAUCAUCUGUUUGUUCUUUGACACACGGUCGACAACUGACAGAGGAUUAGUCAGAACUGGACCUUUGUUGUAAGUCCAACAUUUCUAUUUCUCCCUCUGUCUGUGUUUUGAAGGUUUUCCAAGAGAAGUAACAACAAGUAUUCAAUUUAAGACUGACAAAAGGAAGACGUGGAUUCCUUGCUUUAUGAUUCUGGAUAAUUUAAUGUACAUCCUGCUUUAUUUAAGAAUAGACUGGAAGAGUGGUAAAUUAUCUCUUGUUGUCAGUGGUGCAAUGUAAUGAACUAUAAACAUUUUUAAAGUACUUUAUUUGUGCA